ACGAAAGCUACCAAAAAACAAAAUGUCAGGAAUACAGUGACAUCAGUAUUUUACAUUGAUUUUGUUAUAUUAUUUUUAGGCUCAUUGGACGGAUCAAAAUUUCGAAAUGAGUGCAUGUAACGUAGGAGAACCGCGAAAUACAGUAUCUGGAGACUGGACAUCUAGAUCCACAAAAUCGCCAGCAACCACCCGCUCAUCAUCACCCAGCAGGGGAGAAGCGAUUUUCAACAAAUACAUUGAUAUAAUUAAUUCUAAAUCUGCUACCUCUGUGGGAGGUAACAAAGCAGAACCUUCUGAUCGACCGUUUGAUUUUUUUGAUGAUGAAGAAUUUGCUUUUGGUAUUAAUUUACUCAACAACAAUGUGGCGUGUGUCGGCGAUAAUAUGACCAAGCUCAUUCAAAUGGCUCAAGAGCCAUGGCCGGACAACGUGAAGUUGUUCCAACCUUACGAGGUGGAGCAGAUCCUGCUGCCGGACAACGCCAGCUGUCUUGCUGUCCAGGCUUUCUUGAAGAUGUGCAACCUCCCCUUCGAGGUAGAAAUGCGUUGGAACGCGGAGUUCAUGUCACCGUCGGGGCGGGUGCCGUUCAUCAAGUGCGGCGCGUUCGUGGUCUCCGAGCUGGAGCCCAUCGUCCAGUUCGCGGCCAACAAGGGCGUCACGCUGUGCGGCAAGCUCAGCACGGAGGAGAAGGCUGAGAUGAGGGCCUAUAUGAGCCUCAUUACUAAUGUGCUCGUUAAUGCUGAGCUGUACAUAUCGUGGGUGGACAACGAGACGUUCAACGCGGUGACUAAGGUGCGCAACUCGUCCGUCUACCCCUGGCCGCUGGGCUGGCUGCAGACCAGGGCUAAGAGGAACGCUGUCAUCAAGCGGUUGAAGGCUCUGCACUGGUAUGAUAAGACCUUGGACCAGGUUUUGGCUGAUGUGGAGCAAUGUUGUAACUCCUUGAGUCAAAGGCUCGGCGAUCGAGAUUACUUCUUCGGAAACACCCCGACCCCCGUAGACGCGCUAGUAUACGGUCACACGCGCGCUAUACUGAUGUCAUCCGGCGCCAGAGCCGGGGCGCUCAUCAAACUCAUCACGGGCUCUCUGCUUAAACACCUGCUGAGGUGCAAUAAUUUGACGCAGAUGACUUUGACGACUCAAGAGGAGUAUUUAGUAUCGCAAGCGUUCCAACUCUCUCGCCGUCGACUGUCCCCCGAGCGGACCGCGUCUGAACGCAGCACGAGGACCAAGAAGUCUCGUAUGAGCAUCAGAAAUAGUAGCAAGGAUAAUAUGAUUAAUAGGGAAAGGGAUAUUUUUGGCUUCAAACCUUUUGCUUCUAAGCAAAUAAUUAUAAUGACAUCCAAGGAAGGCAAUCUAACCUGCAAGUAUGAGGGCCAAACAGACCCGAUUGUCGAUGAAGAGAAAUACAAUUCGGUGGUUGAAAUAAUCGAUGAUAUUCUCGAUAAAGUUGAUGAGGUCCUCGACGAUUUUGCAGAGAAAAUCGAUUUGGAUAACGAGAAAACUGAUCCUUUCGAAGUGAUCGCUUUCCCGAAUGCGUUGGACGAUUCGAAGUAUGACUCGGUCGAGGUGAAAGUUAACGAAUAUUUGGACACGAUUGAAGAGAACGAUUUGACUGAAACAUCGAAUUCAUUGGAAACUUGUACCCCUGAUGAUGUUAUGAUUAUUAAUGAUGACGAUUAUGCGGACAGUGUGCUGCAAGAUAAAGAUAAAUUAAAUAUACUUUCUGCAAGAACUUUGAUUGUGGAAACGAGCAAUCAUUCCCAAAAGGAAUGCGAACUAGAUUUGAGUAGUGACAAAGAUUCUACUGAGAAUUCGGAUAAAUCACCGUUUGCUCGCACCCCUACUUCCGCAGAUUCUAAAUCCACGCUUAAACUGCCAAGCAAUGAGGAAAUAAGCGUUGAGAGUCUACUUAACUAUUUGCGUCAAAGAAAUGCGGCAUAUAACUAUACUGCGGUCGCUGACAUUGAUUAAAAUUGACUACGACAAUCCGUUAAUACGACGUUGCGUGUUUUUGACAGAACGGAAUGGCGUAUUGAUAGUUUUUGACAGUUAAACGUAACAUGUUUUUAAAUGUCAUUCAGUACAGUUAGGCAUGAAAUAUUUUUUAAUGUUUUUAUUUCAGAAAUUCGCAUGUAUUUCAAAUUACAAUAAUUUAGUAUGUAUAUCAAAUGUUGAAUUCAUUCAUGGUAAAACCUUAUUUUUUCUUGACAAUUAUUUUUAAUUGAAAUUUUGAGUUUGCACAUUUUUCGAUUUCCAAAUUAAUUGGGUGGUGCCAUUUUCCGAUUCUAUGCCUCAGUUAGUUUAGGUAUUUUAUUGUUUUCAAUAAAAUUUUUAGUUUAUUGUCAA